CGGUGGCUUGCGGUGGUGCUGCAGGUCUGGGGUCUUCCCGCGGCCCCGGGACUUUGGGGUCGGACGCCCUGGACUCUGGGGACCGUCCCUUCCCGAGACCGUGAUGAGCGGAGCGUGUCGGCCGUGGGUCGGUAGGAGGAGAGGAUCAGAGCUGUUUUCUCUUGAUGCCAAGAUACGCUGGACUGGGCACCCACUUCCCUUACGACAGCCAAGCACCACGACUGGGCCUGCCGGACCCGGGGGCAAGGGUCCACGGGCUCCUGCAGCCCGUGCCACUCGGUGGGCCUGGCCUGUGCAGGCCACUGAGCACCAUCCGGCUGCAGAGGAGGAGGAGGAGGAGGAAGAGGGGGGAGCUCUGACAUGGGCUGCCCCACUGGCUCUCCUUGGCUGCCCUGCUGCUGAGACUGCCCGGCACAUGUGUUCCCAGGCUGUGGGGCCUGGGGCCUGCCAGGGCUAGGAGUGAGACCUGCUGUUUGUUCAUGGGUCUCUAGGCCCUUCCGAGAUGCCUGGGAAGAGAGGCCUGGGCUGGUGGGGGGCCCGGCUACCGCUCUGCCUGCUCCUCAACCUUUAUGGUCCCUGGGUGUCUUCUACCAUGGGGAAGCCCAAGGGUCACCCCCACAUGAACUCCAUCCGCAUCGAUGGGGACAUCACUCUGGGAGGCCUGUUCCCAGUGCACGGCCGGGGCUCUGAGGGCAAAGCCUGUGGGGAGCUGAAGAAGGAGAAAGGCAUCCACCGGCUGGAGGCCAUGCUGUUUGCCCUGGAUCGCAUCAACAACGACCCGGACCUGCUGCCCAACAUCACGCUGGGCGCCCGCAUUCUGGACACCUGCUCGAGGGACACCCACGCCCUCGAGCAGUCACUGACCUUUGUGCAGGCGCUCAUCGAGAAGGACGGCACGGAGGUCCGCUGCGGCAGUGGUGGCCCGCCCAUCAUCACCAAGCCCGAACGGGUGGUGGGCGUCAUCGGUGCUUCGGGGAGCUCGGUCUCCAUCAUGGUGGCCAACAUCCUCCGCCUCUUUAAGAUCCCGCAGAUCAGCUACGCCUCCACAGCCCCCGACCUGAGUGACAACAGCCGCUACGACUUCUUCUCCCGCGUGGUGCCCUCGGACACGUACCAGGCCCAGGCCAUGGUUGACAUCGUCCGUGCCCUCAAGUGGAACUACGUGUCCACGCUGGCCUCCGAGGGCAGCUAUGGUGAGAGCGGUGUGGAGGCUUUCAUCCAAAAGUCCCGCGAGAAUGGGGGUGUGUGCAUAGCCCAGUCAGUGAAGAUCCCACGGGAACCUAAGAUGGGCGAGUUUGACAAGAUCAUCAAACGCCUCCUGGAGACAUCCAACGCCAGGGCCGUCAUCAUCUUCGCCAAUGAGGAUGACAUCAGGCGGGUGCUGGAGGCGGCACGCAGGGCCAACCAGACGGGCCACUUCUUCUGGAUGGGCUCUGACAGCUGGGGCUCCAAGAGUGCCCCUGUGCUGCGCCUGGAGGAGGUGGCCGAGGGUGCUGUCACCAUACUCCCAAAGAGGAUGUCAGUGCGAGGUUUCGACCGCUACUUCUCCAGUCGCACGCUGGACAACAACCGGCGCAACAUCUGGUUUGCUGAGUUCUGGGAAGACAACUUCCACUGCAAGCUGAGCCGCCACGCGCUCAAGAAGGGCAGCCACGUCAAGAAGUGCACCAACCGCGAGCGCAUCGGGCAGGACUCCGCCUACGAGCAGGAGGGGAAGGUGCAGUUCGUGAUAGAUGCCGUGUACGCCAUGGGCCACGCGCUGCACGCCAUGCACCGCGACCUGUGUCCUGGCCGAGUGGGGCUCUGCCCUCGCAUGGACCCUGUGGAUGGCACCCAGCUGCUGAAGUACAUCAGAAACGUCAACUUCUCAGGCUCAGCAAAGAUCCCCCCAUCCCCAGGCAUAGCAGGGAACCCCGUGACCUUCAGUGAGAACGGGGACGCGCCCGGACGUUACGACAUCUACCAGUACCAGCUGCGCAACGGCUCCGCUGAGUACAAGGCCGUCGGCUCCUGGACGGACCAGCUGCACCUCAGAAUAGAGCGGAUGCACUGGCCGGGGAGUGGGCAGCAGCUGCCCCGCUCCAUCUGCAGCCUGCCCUGCCAGCCAGGCGAGCGGAAGAAGACUGUGAAGGGCAUGGCUUGCUGCUGGCACUGCGAGCCCUGCACGGGGUACCAGUACCAGGUGGACCGCUACACCUGUAAGACCUGCCCCUACGACAUGCGGCCCACGGAGAACCGCACGGGCUGCCGCCCCAUCCCCAUCGUCAAGCUCGAGUGGGACUCGCCCUGGGCCGUGCUGCCCCUCUUCCUAGCCGUGCUGGGCAUCGCCGCCACGCUGUUCGUGGUGGUCACCUUCGUGCGCUACAACGACACGCCCAUUGUCAAGGCCUCGGGCCGCGAGCUGAGCUACGUGCUGCUGGCUGGCAUCUUUCUGUGCUACGCCACCACCUUCCUCAUGAUCGCCGAGCCGGACCUGGGCACCUGCUCGCUGCGACGCGUCUUCCUGGGGCUGGGCAUGAGCAUCAGCUACGCCGCCCUGCUCACCAAGACCAACCGCAUCUACCGCAUCUUCGAGCAGGGCAAGCGGUCGGUGAGCGCCCCGCGCUUCAUCAGCCCGGCCUCGCAGCUGGCCAUCACCUUCAGCCUCAUCUCCCUGCAGCUGCUGGGCAUCUGUGUGUGGUUCGUGGUGGACCCGUCCCGCUCGGUGGUGGACUUCCAGGACCAGCGGACGCUCGACCCCCGCUUCGCCAGGGGCGUGCUCAAGUGCGACAUCUCAGACCUGUCGCUCAUCUGCCUGCUGGGCUACAGCAUGCUGCUCAUGGUCACGUGCACGGUGUACGCCAUCAAGACACGCGGCGUGCCCGAGACCUUCAACGAGGCCAAGCCCAUCGGCCUCACCAUGUACACCACGUGCAUCGUCUGGCUGGCUUUCAUCCCCAUCUUCUUUGGAACGUCGCAGUCGGCCGACAAGCUGUACAUCCAGACGACCACGCUGACGGUGUCGGUGAGUCUGAGCGCCUCGGUGUCCCUGGGAAUGCUGUACAUGCCCAAAGUCUACAUCAUCCUCUUCCACCCGGAGCAGAACGUGCCCAAGCGCAAGCGCAGCCUCAAAGCCGUGGUCACCGCCGCCACCAUGUCCAACAAGUUCACGCAGAAGGGCAACUUCCGGCCCAACGGCGAGGCCAAGUCGGAGCUGUGCGAGAACCUGGAGGCCCCGGCGCUGGCCACGAAACAGACCUAUGUCACCUAUAGCAACCAUGCAAUCUAGCAGGGCUACCCGAGCCGAGCAGUGGAAGAGCCUCUGAGGACGGUGCACUGGACCAGGGCCACGCCCGUGGGCCCAGCUGAUGUCCUGCCUGCCCGUGGGUACCCACGGAUUGUGGCUUGGUGCUGAGAACAGUAGAGCCCCCCCCCCCCCCCGGCUGUCACCGCGGAGGAAGUCAGGGUGGGGUGGCAGGAGGAAGCCGAGGGGCCAGGCAGCUCGAGACCAGCACGGAGGCCUGAGUCCUGGACAGCUGUCCCACAGGCCUCCGCGUACAGGGGCUCAGUCGCGAGAGCCCAGCACUGGCUUCCUCCCCUCCUUGUGCCUCUGCCUGUCCUGUGGGUGACCUCAGCGGGUCCUCACCCUGUGGCCGUGCCCUCGUCUCUCUGCAUGUCUUGUCUGUUUGGGUUCUGCACUUCUGUGUCUUCUUUCUGCUCCUGCCUUCGCUCGCUCUGCCCCUCCGGCUCCCUCUGGGCCCCACCCAGGUCACUUUUGUCCUGCGCUUUUCUUUCCUGUCCUUGACUUCAUUUUUACCAGCCUCCCCCCUCCCUUCCACUCCAUCAAAUCAUCCAUGUUGCAAAAGAGAGAAAAAAAAAAAAAAGAGGAAAAAAAUCAAAACACAAAAACAAAGCCCAAACAAAUCUCGAGUGUUUUGCGAAGUGCCGCAUCCUCCUGGUGGCCUCUGUGUGUCCCCGUGGCCCGCAACCUGCUCGCCUGCCCGUCUGCCGUGUGUCCUGCCCGCCUGCCCGCGUGCCCCUCCUGCUGAACACGGAGUUCAGUGCCUGGGUGUUUGGUGGAGGCCGUUGAUGACGAUGUGUAGCAUGGUUGUUUUUUACCAAGAACAUUUCUAAUAAAGAUAAACUCAUGGUUUUG